CUCCUUUUUAGGACCCGUCCAAUUUAUCUCCUCUCGUCCAAUUAAUGGUACGAAGUUCGUUCUUAGCCCUUCUUAGCUUCAUACGGGCUACCUACCUUCAACGACCGGAGAGCCUCAAGUGUGUACUUUCUUGGCUAGUAUCCAUGAAAUUGCCCACACACCAGCUUCCAGAGCUUCUAGAACUCAUCACUACACUUCCACACCAUGAUGUACGCGCAGAGAAACGCACAAAUGUCCAGAGACAUUCUUCUCUCACUGUUCUUCUGGCGUCCUUCACAACUUCUCCCACAGCCUCUCCUGUCCAGCAACAACACAAUCUUCCACAAUGGCUGUCCUAAAACCCACUCCCACAGCCACAGUUCCAGCUCCUCCAACCUGCACAAUAAUAGCCAAAAAUGAGGUAUACCACACCUACGUCAGCGAGCGCUGGUCCUACUGUGCCAUCAAACAAACCUACAAUCCACUCGGCGCAAAUUACACCCUCUCCACAGACCCAGGCUACUUGACUCCCUCGCCAGCUCCAACAGCAGUCAACGACAAACCAAAUAAUGAAAAUAACAACAAUACGGCAUAUAUCGCACUGGCAAUACUCGGCGCCCUACUCCUCGGCUUCUCUGCCUACAUUAUCACCUCUUGGACCACCCGCUGCAUCGAAAACUGUAAACGUAGACGCAGAGACGACACUCAAAAUGCUACACAUCCCCCUCCACGACGAGGAGGAACCGUGAUCAGAGAAGCAAGAGCUUGGUUCGGCCGCCAACACAACUCUCUACUUAACCGAGUCCGACCACACGAAGACCGUUCUUUAGAAUCAGUUGUUCGUAGAAGUCCUCUCCAGCGCGGUCUUCAUCGUCUACGAACUUUCGGGAAAAGCAUGCCCCCUAGCGUCUCUCCCGUCGGUCACGCCGCCCUGGGUCAGGGUCAGGGUCGAAAUCCAAGACCUAGAAACGAACCUCCUCCACCUGGUUAUCACGAUAGAUAUCAGGACGUGCUUUAUUUCAGCGAGACGGAGAGCGAGAGUGAGAGAGAUGUAGAUGUAGAUGUUGAUGUUGAGAUUGAAGUCCAUCUCAAUGGAGAUGGGGAUGUCAAUGAGCUGUCUGUUCUCAAUGAUCCCUGGCUAGCUGAAUUCAUGAGUAGAGAUCGAGAUGAGUGAUGGUCGUAAAUAUGCUGUCGGCGGUUGGAUAUGAAUGUUACCAGGGUACGGUUGUGGUAGCUUUGAUCAUGAACUACCCCUGUAGAUGGGACGAGGUCAAGUUAUGGGUGCUGGCCAUAUUUACGACUGUUGGCAUCGCAGCAAAUCUACCAAUGCAAGGGCAGCACAACUAAGAUCCCAGGCGCUUUAUACAAGAUGGUGGCUCAUAUCUCUGCUCAGAGACGAACACAUUACAUCUCAAAGCAAAACGAAAACCCAAGCAGAAGGAAGAGAGAGAGAAGGAUGUGAAUAUGUCGGGGAAGACUACCUAUCGACCUGUUCAAUGGAGUUGCAGAUAGUGGCGAAGUCGGAGGCGUUCUCAAGGCAUUGAUGUGAAGGGAGGCAAAUAAUGAAGUGACUAUUUAAAGAGUUAACAGGAUGAAGAAUGUGGACGGGCAAUAAGUGGCGGGUGAUGGAGUUCGAAAUCAUGCUAAACGGGC